UAACUUUUAUAAAUGUAUUAGCGAAUAAAGUAAUGGCGAAUGAAUGUUAGGUUCAAAAAGAGAAUGCAUUAUUUCAAGUUAGCGAUAAGUGCGUUAUAAAUAUUGCUUUUGGAAUACAUUGCACCUUAUUUCUUUUUAUAUCAAGUUCGAUUAAUGUUUUCUGGUAUUUUGACCUCUGCCCUUUGUGUCGGGCUGAGCUCAUAGAUAAACCUCCUCUUUCUUUUUUGUUUGUCAGACAAUCGUUAAUGAUACGAAUGAUGCGAAUUAAUUGGUAGUUUGAGUUAUUAAGUCCUCUUGAAAACGUGCGCCGAACAUGAAUUGUUUGACCGGUGAAACCGAUCGUUUAAUUAAUAAUGAUGUCUUUUUGUCAACUGCUCCUAGUCCUUCGGAGAUACGUACUCGUGAAACUAGAACUGGAUCUAGCAUUUUGGGUACAAUAUUUUUGAUCGUAAAUGCCACUCUGGGAGCAGGACUCUUAAAUUUUCCACAGGCCUUCGAUAAAGCUGGUGGCAUCGUCACUUCCAUAACCAUUCAAUUAGGAUUUCUAAUAUUUAUUACGGCUGCUCUCAUCGUCUUAGCAAAUUGUAGCGAUAUUACAAACUCCACGACCAUACAGAAUACGUUGGCAACUUUGUGCGGACCAAGUGCACUUUUUCUCUGUGCACUGUGCGUUGCUGUAUAUAGUUUUGGAUGUUGUCUGACAUUUUUAAUCAUCAUCGGCGAUCAAUUGGAUAGAGUUUUAGCCACGUAUUAUGGAAUGGAUUAUUGUCACACUUGGUAUUUGUCUAGACAAUUUGUCACUGCUGCAAUUAGUUUCCUCUUCAUAUUUCCAUUGUGUUUUUUUAAGCGAUUGGAUGCGUUAAGUUGUGCCAGUUCUGUCGGCUGUAUAACCAUUCUAUACAUGGUCUGUUUGAUAAGUUACAAAAAUUUUACAAGGACCACUGCUACGAUUGUGAAAAUAUGGCCUGACAAUGCAUACGAAGCAUUACAUAUAGUUCCCAUCAUAUGUUUUGCAUAUCAGAGCCACAUGACUGCGAUACCAAUGUAUGCCUGUAUGAAAGAACGACAGCUUGGAAAAUUCACGAUAACUGCUGCAAUUAGUAUGAUCAUUUGUUUUACCGUUUAUACGAUAGUUGGCAUUCUUGGAUAUGCAACAUUUGGAACGGGCAAGGUACCUAGCGACAUACUUCAAGGAUAUUCGGAUAAAAGUAUAAUAGUUACUCUAGCCGUCAUUUCUAUCGCCAUAAAAAACUUCACGGUAUAUCCAAUCGUUUUAUAUUGUGGUCGGGAUGCUAUUCUAUCUCUGUUUGGCACGUUCGUCGAUGAGAACGUUAAAAUGAAAAACUUCAUUACGUUCGUUUGGUUUAUAGCGUCAUUAGUUAUAGCCAUAUUGGUGCCAGACAUAUCUCCGGUUAUUAACUUAUUGGGCGCAUUAUCGGCUACGUUUAUUUUCAUAUUGCCAGGAAUAUGCCUUCUUCAAAGUACUCUCAUCAAAGAUCCUGAAUUGUAUUUGAAUAAGGAUCGUUUGCUUAUUCUCUUAGCAAUUACGAUUACUGCGAUAGGUGCUUUUGUCUGCGGUAUAGUAUCCAUUCAAGCACUUAAAGAUUUAAAGAAACCAUUGGCCGAACAACCAUUGGUAACAGGUUUCAGGAUACGACUUGGAGAAAAUUUAUGCUCUUAAUUAUUUUUAAAUGUAAAACUAAUUUUACCAAAUCCUAUUGAAAAUAUUAAGACGUCAGAGAAAGACUGAUGAUGUAGAUAUUUGUUUAUUUUUAUAUUGUGUACCACAUGCCAAAUAAUUGUAAGAAAUGGUGGGUUUUUUUUUGUUUUUGGUUUUUUUUUUUUUUUUUUUUUUUUUUUUUUUUUUUUUCUUUUUAUUUUAUUUUAUUAUCAAGAGACUCACCUCUUUUCUAUGUAGCAACAUCUUAAUUCUGCAUCUGUGUUAUUGCGCAUGUAUUGCAAUGAAAGAUGUAUCGGAUAAAUAAACUCCUAUUUUAUUAUAAUAUUUUAUAACAUUUACCUUUUACAUAUUAGCUUUUGUUAGAAUUUAAUUUCAAUUGUACUUGUAUAAUUUCAAAUUUUUUUAAUAUACUUCUUGCAACAGA